AUGUAUGGAUGUUGGGGCUGUUUUGGCUUCGGAGACAUCGUCGUCAACAUGUCUUGUGGCGACUGUCUGCGGUGCCAUGGGCCGAAGAGCAGGCACAACGACCGUUGGACUGGUUGCCGUCUCCGUGUCCGGAGUGCCGACGCUGGGGCGAGAAGUGGCAGCGGCUGCAUGCCGCGCUUCGCCACAUUGCGAAGCCAGUGGGGGGACCGCCAGAAGCUGAUCGCUGCUGCUCAGCUUCUGGGCGGGCGAGCACGGCUGUGCGGCGCGCAGGUCCAGAAGAUGCGUGUCAAUAUUGGCUACACUGCAUAG